ACGUAAUGGCAUAUAUUCAAAAUAAAAGACAGCUGAGAUUAGCAGAAUUAUGUAAAUAAAAUCAUAAAUAUAAUGGCAGAGCAGAACAAAAUAUACGAACCAGUUUACGCUGUCCACAAGGAAAAAAAAUGGAGGUGUCACGAGUGUACUUUUUUAAAUGCUGAACUUUAUAUGCAAUGUGAAAUUUGUUUCACUAUAAAAAAAAGUGAAAAUAUUUUCAAUGAUCACUCAAAUGGUGAAGUAUUAAAUAAAGACUUUAAAGAAAAUAUGAAUCCUGAAAAAAAGACAUUUAUAAACUUUCUAAAAGACGCUAAGUUCAAGUUAUUUAGUGAAAUUAGUCAACAGCAAAAUGAUUCAACUGAUAAUACUCUUCAAUCUAAAAAUAACACACCAGAAAAUAAUUUCUUGUUAAAUUGUAGUUGUAAUAAUGAAGAAUUAAAUACGGACAAUUCUACUGAUAAAUGCUACAAGUAUUUGCACAGACAGCGGAGUUUGAAAUCUGACCAGAUACGUGGCAAACAUGAAGAAUUGGCCAUAGAGAAAUGGAAAGAUAUUGUUUUGUUUUGUAAACAGGCUCAAAUUCAAUUUGUAGAUGAUAGUUUUCCUCCCUCUGCUAAAUCUUUAACAUUUAGUAGUUUACCAUAUGACAAAGUAACUUAUUGGCUUCGACCUAAAGAGAUUUUUCGUUCCAAUACUCAAACUAAAUGGACCAUGUUUCGAAAUCCAAGGCCUUCUGAUAUUUUGCAAGGAACUAUUGGAAAUUGCUGGUUUUUGAGUGCUCUAGCUGUUGUUUGCGAGAGACCUGAACUUUUAGAAAAAAUUAUGGUGACAAGAGAGAUUUGUGAUGAAGGUGCCUAUCAAAUACGGAUUUGUAAGAAUGGUAAAUGGAUUGUUGUUUUAGUAGAUGAUCUAUUGCCUUGUGAUGCCAAUGGCCAGCUUGUAUUUUCACAGGCUGCUAGAAAUCAGCUAUGGGUUCCUAUAAUAGAAAAAGCUGUUGCUAAGUCUGUGGGUUGUUAUGAAGCCUUAGUUGCUGGUCGAUGUAUUGAAGGACUUCAGUUGUUAACAGGCUGUCCAUGUGAAUGCAUUCUUUUAUCAAACCAUAUGGAUGAUGCAGAGGAGGAUAUUGUUGACAAAGACUUAGUAUGGGCAAAACUGUUAAGUAGCAGGAAUGCUGGUUAUCUAAUGGGUGCUUCAUGUGGUGGAGAUAUUACAAAUCAAGAAGCCAUUGAUGCGUACACAAAAGUUGGUUUACAUGCUCAACAUGCAUAUUCUGUACUUGAUAUUCAACAAUUUGGAGAUAAUAGGCUGAUUCGUUUACGGAAUCCUUGGGGUCGGGGUUCUUGGACUGGGCGUUGGUCAGAUUCUUCUUUUUUAUGGACUAAUGAGUUGCGUGAAAUGUUAAAUGCGCAUGGAUCAGAAGAAGGAGUAUUUUGGAUUUCUUUAGAAGAUAUGAUCAAAUACUUUGAUAGUGUUGAUGUUUGUAAAUACAGACCUGAUUGGACAGAGGUGAGUAUUGAAGGACGUUUUCCAUCACCUAACAAUAAUUUUGGUCAGGCUUGUCAUGUUACAGUAUUUAAUCCUACUGAAAUUGAUAUAACUUUGUUUCAAGAAUCUAACAGAGGAUCACAGAAAAGUUCAUUAGCUACAUUGGAUUUGCUUAUUGGUGUUUAUAAAGCUACAUCUGGUUCUAGUCAACCAAAACCAUUAAAGUAUAUUACACACAGUGAACGGAAAAUAAAACCAUCUGUACUCUGCAAUGUAUUUUUGGAUGUUGGUGUUUAUCUUAUAAUUCCUGCUGCUUUCAAUCAUUGGAACAGUGGAGUAUCUUUAGAUGGUCCUCCUAAGUAUGUUUUAUCUAUUCACAGUUCAAAACCUAUACUCACUGACCAUAUAGCAAUGCCCCGGUACUCAUAUUCAGAUUCCUUAUUUUUGUUGGUUGAAAAACAUGGAAAAAGGCAUCAGGGUAUUCCUGGUGUAACUUGUUAUUACAUGUCAUUGAAGCUAGCAGGCUUAAUCGUAGCAGCAGAAAACCGUCGUUCAGAUGUACAUUUACAUGUUGACUGCAACUGUGAAGAAAGUUUUAAUGUUGUUUCAACACGAGGUAGUCUGGUAACAAGUGACUGUCUACCUCCCUUAUCUAGACAAAUAUUAACUGUUUUGACGCAACUGGAAGGAACUGAUGGUUAUUCUGUAUCUCAUAAGUUAAAGUUUCGAAUAUCACCGAAAAACGGUUAUGGAAGCUACGGAUCACAUCAACAUCCUCUUUUGUUAAAUGGUUUGUCUGAAAUUCAUAAUCCACGGCCUCUUUAGAUUGUUUAUUUAUUAGUUAUCAUUUAAUUUGCGCUGCAAAUAAUUUAAUGUAUUUAUUGUACAUAUGCAAACUUCGAGAGACUCGAAUUAUAAAUAUUUAAAUUUUUCUAAUUUUUUAUAAAGUUAUUUAUUAUUUUAUAAAGAAUAUUUAUUUGUUUUAUUUCAUGUAAAUGUGAAAUGGUUUUGUGUUUAUAAAAUAUAUAAAUAUAAAGUAUAUAAGUGUAAAUA